CAUCCAAAAUGGAGCCUCUUACAGCUUACCCUGUAAGAUGUUCGGGACCGAAAGCAAAGGCAUUUGCAGUUUUGCUGUCUAUGGUUCUAUGCACAGUAAUGCUAUUUCUUCUACAGCUAAAAUUCCUAAAACCUAAAAUCAACAGCUUUUAUACCUUUGAAGUGAAAGAUGCAAAAGGAAGAACGGUUUCUCUGGAAAAGUUUAAAGGCAAAGUUGCACUAGUUGUAAACGUGGCUAGUGACUGCCAACUCACAGACAGAAAUUACUUAGCACUGCAGGAGCUGCACAAAGAGUUUGGACCAUUCCACUUCAGCGUCUUGGCUUUUCCGUGCAAUCAGUUUGGAGAAUCCGAGCCCCGCCCGAGCAAGGAAGUAGUAUCUUUCGCAAGAAAUAACUACGGCGCGACGUUCCCCAUCUUCCACAAGAUUAAGAUUCUAGGAUCUGAAGCAGAACCUGCAUUCAGAUUUCUUGUUGAUUCUUCUAAGAAAGAACCAAGGUGGAAUUUUUGGAAGUAUCUGGUCAACCCGGAGGGUCAAGUUGUGAAGACCUGGAGGCCGGAGGAACCCAUUGAAGUCAUCAGGCCUGAGAUAGCAGCUCUAAUUAGACAAAUGAUCAUAAAAAAGAAAGAGGACCUAUGAAAAUGCCAGAUACCGUGCCAGUGAGUGGUAAUGAACGUCCCAGGACAGAGAUGUUACCCUAAGCAAAAAUAAAGAGUAGCUCAAAAAUCAAAAUGAAAUAUACUAAAUAUUUCAUCUGAUUACACUAAGUAAUUCAGAUACAUAGUCAUCAAUGUGUUUCAAUAUCCUGUUUGACUUGACUUUUUCCAGGAUUGUACUUGAUGGAAAUGCCAACCCCCUAGACCACUGUUUGAAUCCAAGACACUGUGCGUGACUGAAUUUUCUGGAUUAACUGUAAAUGGCUAUUUUUAUGUAAUAAAAUACAAAAUAAACUUUGAAAAAAAUGUUAAA